UGUAGUUCAAACAGCUCUGAUAAAAAUUGAUAGAAAAUUGAGAAAUAAAUAAGCAAAGCCUUAUUGUGGUUGUCGGCAUCGGCAAUUACUUCAGAGCCACCACGGAGAGAAUUUCGGUGGCUGUUCUUCACCAACCCUUUUUCCUUUCCUUUUCUCUCCAAUUUCCGAUCUCCCAAUUUUGAGGGGAGGAGUUGCCGGAAACUCUAAGUAACCUUUUCUCAGUCUUUCACCAAAAUUCAGUCAAAUAUGAGUACGGUUUUCGAGGGUUACGAGCGCCAAUAUUGUGAACUCUCCGCCAAUGUUUCUCGGAAAUCCAACUCUUUCGCCGCCUCCGAUUCAGAGCAGAAACAGCAAUGGCUUUCGGAAAUCAAAGUUAGUUUGGAUGAGGCUGAAGUUUUGAUCCGAAAAAUGGAUCUUGAGGCUAGAAGUUUGCAGCCAGGGGUAAAAGCUACCCUACUUGCUAAGUUACGGGAGUACAAAGCUGAUCUUGGAAAACUGAAAAAGGAAUUUAAGAGAUUGACAACACCUAAUGCUGAUCAGGCUGCUCGUGAAGAACUGCUGGAGUCUGGAAUGGCAGAUGCUCAUUUGGCCUCAGCUGAUCAAAGAGAGAGGAUGACAAUGUCCAUAGAGAGAAUAAAUCAGUCAGGUGAAAGAAUCACAGAGAGUAGAAGAACCAUGCUGGAGACCGAGGAGCUCGGUGUCUCAAUCCUCCAGGACUUGCAUCAACAGCGGGAAACUCUCCUCCAGUCCCAUAAGAGACUUCAUGGGGUAGAUGAUGCCAUUGAUAAGAGUAAAAAAGUUUUAACCACAAUGUCUCGAAGAAUCAGUCGAAAUAAAUGGAUCGUCGGGUCAGUAAUUGGGGUUCUGGUACUUGUAAUUAUCAUUAUACUGUAUUUUAAGCUCUAAUAUCAUCAUUGAGAUGUUUCCUUGAUCACAAAAUGAAUUCUACUCCGAUCAUUUUAGUUUCCAAUCUUACACUUGGUUGUCAAUCAUAUAUUUGUUGUAUUUUGUUGUCAGUGUACGGUGUUCGUGUCUGUAACUGAAUCAAAAUAUUGAAACUCGAUAGCAUUUUAAUCAAUCAAUACCCAGUAGUUGGCACUUCUUGAUGACUA